GGGUUUCCAGUAUGAUUAGUUAGCUACAUUGUCAAACCGGCAACUUUUUUAGGUGAACGCGUCCCUUCCUGUUCGCCGCUUCAGUCGUGUAUCACACCGCGAUCGUAUUGAGCUGCCUGCAGUGCGGUAGACUCACGUGCACGGGAGGGUGUGGCCACACGGACAUGGUUUUCGUGGGGAGCGGUGGGUCGGAGUACGUGUCCACUCCGCGCCAGCGAUGGACGGAGGUGGGGCUGCGGGGGCAGCCAUCCUUGCAACAUUAGCGGGACUCUAGAGCUGUCGUUGAUAUGGUGCGUGCACUACAUGGUAUCUUGCAGAGCCGACCGCUUUUAUUUCCUUUUAGAAUUUUUUCGGUUUCAUGAUUUGUUGUUUAAUGCGUUGCGUGCGUGUUACUUUUUUUCUGUGAUGUGGCCUUCUGAUGGCCAUUGUUGAUACCGGAGCGUGCGUAUUUGCGCUCUUAUGUGUUAGUUUCCAUUGAGGAUGCCCUGCUUAGGUGGGACCCACCUCAUGCGGAUCGACAUGGUGCAGGGAUCAGUGAAAGGUAGUUUUGUCUGUGAUGUGCACCUGGGCGAAUUGACAGUGUUGUAGUAAAUGUAGGUAAGAAGUGCUACUGCUCCUCUCUAUGCAACUAGUUCUCCGUCUUCCUUGUCCCACCAUUUACUAAAUAGGGAGCGCACUGCAUAGUUUUCCUAUUAAAGAAAUAUAAUAUGAACCAUUCAAUACAUCUUAAAAAGAGUCAGGUAUACACAUAACAUCAUUCUUGGCACAUUCUCAACCCCGGAUAAUUCUUUUUCUAAGCGUAUCUAUAGGGACAGAAUGAGUACAGCUCAAGGGGUACCUGUAGUAGUGCGUUUCUCAGGAAAUAAUAGGCCUGCAUCGCCGAAUACGAAUGUAGCGAUGCCUAUUGAAAAUAUUAAUAACAAUCUGUCUGCACAUACCCAAAGUAAUACAAGUUCCAAGUCCCAGCACGAACUUUUAUUGGAGAAGCACACUUUACCGAGAGGCUUGCAGAUUUUUAUGACAGUAUUGUUAUUAUUGAAUCUUGUAUUCUCUGUUGCUUUAAUUUCUAUAUGUGCAGUCGAGGUUAGCGAAUAUAAAGCUAGGACGAGGAAGGAUUCAGACCAAUCGGAUGCAUUCAGAUUCAACGUUCAUUUGUACCUUUACUCCAUUGCUGAGUUGUGUCUGAGUGUUGUCCUGGUUGGAGUUUUAAUUUACUACACGAUGUGCGAAUCUCAUUUUCUUGUUGAAACGGGGAGAAAUCACAUCUUUGCACACUGUCUGCGCCUAGUUUGCUUUCUUCUUUUUUUAUUUUCCUUAUAUACGAUUAUUAUACAAUUUUCAAAUUUUAGUGUGGUCAAUGUCAAGUUCUUUUGGCCUCGCAAUAUAUUUUCAUGCACGCGAAGCAUCUUAAUUGGUAUUUACUUUAUAAUUUCAGUCAUGCUGUUGUGUAUAGUGUAG